AUGCUAGGUUCAGGUCAUGAGCACCCUGGCCGUACCGUGAGCUACCUCGACCGCAUUCGUGCCUGCCACCGCUGGAACCCCGCCGACUAUCUGCCGUUUCUGGUGGAUGGCGUUGCGCUGGGCGCGGUGGACCCUGCUUUCCGCGAGCGUCUGACGGCGUUCCCGGAGGUCUUCACGGCCGCUGCCGGCCACCUGGCGCUGGUGCCGGCGCUGGACAGUUUCGAUGCCCGCAGCGCCGCUUUGGCUGAGGUGACGGCAGCGCUGCGCGCCGAGGGCGCCUUUCCCAACUGGCGGGGGGAGGACUAUCCCGUUGCCCUUGCCUGGGGCAGGCCGCCGCUGUUUCGCAUGGAGCGGGCGGCGGUGCCGCGCUUCGGCCUGCCGGCCUACGGCGUCCACGUGAACGGGUUUCUGCGCGGACCCGAAGGCCUGGAGAUGUGGAUCGGCAAGCGCGCCCGCACAAAGCAGACCGCGCCCGGCAAGCUCGAUCACAUCACCGCCGGCGGCCAACCCUACGGCCUGGGCCUGACGGAGAACGUCAUCAAGGAGUGCGCGGAGGAGGCGGGCAUCCCCGCCGAGCUCGCCGCCACGGCGGUUCCGGUCGGCGCGGUGCGCUAUCGCUGCACCAGGCCCGAAGGGCUGCGCAACGACGUGGCGUUCUGUUUCGAUCUGGAACUGCCCUCCGACUUCCGGCCCGAGAACACCGACGGCGAGGUCGAGUCCUUUGAGCGCUGGCCCGUGGCCCGCGUAUUGGAGCGCCUGCGCGACACCACCGACUUCAAGUUCAAUGUCGCGCUCGUGAUCCUCCACUUCGCCGUCCGCCAUGGGGUGCUGUCGCCGGACAGCGAGCCCGAAUACCAGGCCAUUGUCGAGGGCCUGGCCGGCCGCCUUUCGGAGUAG